AUGGCGCCGGAGCCUUCAGCAACCCCCUCCCAGCGAAGCACCAUCGUGGUGGCCACUGGAAGUACUCGAGGCCGUCGUGUCAGGGGUAAAGGCUCUAGAGGAGGCAGGGGUGGCAGCAGAGCUAGCAGUACUGCUGGAGCACCAUCCUUAACGCCUCCCAGCGCUUCCGCUGUGGCCCAGCGCGCACCACGGCGCGGAACGGCGCGCGCAAGGGCAUCAACACCAGGAUCACGGCACGGGGGCAUCACGAAGACCACCAGAGGUAGCCGUGCCACCAGGGCUCGCCUGGCAAGUGCCUUAGAGGCUCAGGGCUUAGACCACGGCACGCAGGAGGCUCAGGGAGUCGAUCAGGAAGCAGAUUAG